CAAGGACAGAUGGUACUGAUCCCAAACAAUUGCAGGGCAAGAAGAUGAAAGGCCUCCACGCAGUCAUAGUGCCUAACACUGCGCAAGGCAGUAUCAAUCCUCUCAUGAAUUUGGCUCACCUCCUCUCUUCAAGAGGAGUUUUCAUCACUUUCGUCGUCACGGAGUGGAGCUACAACCGCAUGUCAAGAGUAGCUUCAGCCGCCACCUCCACAUUUAAGUUUCUCACCAUUCCAGAUGGCUUGCCACCUGAUCACAGUCGCCUCUCCAAUAUUCCCGAGCUUGUGAUUGCACUGCAAAAGAUUGGCCCUGUCUUAGAGCAUCAUUUGCUCUGCAGCCUAACGGAAGAAACUCCUCCCAUCACCUGCAUUAUAACGGAAAAUUUCUUGUCUUGCACUUACGAAGUCGCCAAAAACCUGGGUGUGCCUCGAGUCAUUUUCUGGACAAUGUGCGCCGCCUCUUCUAUUGCUCAGUGCAACGCCAACCUUCUCAUCUCCCACGGGCAUAUUCCUGUCAAAGUGGAGCACUCGAAGAGGGCCGACAAACUGAUCACUUGUUUGCCCGGUAAUCUUCCCCCUCUAUUGCCGUGCGAUCUGUUAUCCUUCUACCGUGCUGCCGACACGUCGGAUGUUUUAUUCCAGUGGAGUCUGCGUGAGCAACAAUUUCAAAGCAAGGCAGACUUUGUGCUUGUCAACACGUUCGAUGAAGUGGAAACUCCUCAGACGGUAAGCGCACUGUCCUGCAAUGGCUGCCCUGCUUUGGCAAUAGGGCCUGUAUUUCUUCCCAAUUUCCUGGAAGGAAGAGACGUGAACGGACUCGCGAGUAUGUCAGAGCAGGAAGAGAGCUGCCUCAAAUGGCUGGAUGCCCAAGAGCCAGGUUCUGUGAUAUACGUUUCCUUCGGCAGUAUCGCCGUCAAAUCGAACGAGCAGCUGGAGGAGUUGGCACAGGGAUUGGAGAAAAGCCAGCACCCCUUUCUGUGGGUGCUACGAAUGGAUAUUGCUGGAGGCGAACCCGCCACUCUCCCAGAGGGUUUUGUAGAAAGAACUAAGUAUCGGGGGUUGAUUGUGAAAUGGGCACCGCAGGUGAAGGUGUUGUCCCACAAUUCCGUAGGAGGGUUUGUUACUCACAGCGGUUGGAACUCGUGUUUGGAGAGCAUUAGCAUGGGAGUUCCAAUGCUUGGAUGGCCUUAUUUCCUUGACCAGUUUCUAGACUGCCGAUUCUGCAAGGAUGUGUGGAAGAUUGGAAUGGACUUGGAGGGCGUGGACGUUGAUGAAAAUGCGGUGGUUAAAAGGGAGGAGAUUGAGAAAGGCGUGAGGAGACUGAUGGAGGGUCCGGAAGCAGAGGAGCUGAGAAAAAGAGGGAGGGAGUUGAAGCAAGCGGCACUAAAAGCGGUUGGGGAGGGAGGUUCUUCUUUUCUCAACUUGAACAGGUUUAUUGAUGAUAUGAAAAAACUUUGCAAUUCAGCCUCUGUUACAAAGGCGUAGCCAUGGACGCAUUUCGUCAUUCAUCUACCCCUAUUAUUGGCUUCUCCGUAUUUCACGCAUUUUUUCCGUGGGCCGUACUGAUCUAGUGGUAGACUAUCACUUCAUCAUUUGUAAAUAACAGACGUGAUAUUCUUAGGUUUACCAAAUGUUUGGAUUGCAAAAUUCUGAUAUGCUUAGGUCGUAAUUUAUCCAUCUUGAGCUUUUCCACAACCUUCUCUCCAUGGAGAGAUAAGAAUAAGUAGACCAAAGUUAAAUGCUCGUAACCCUAAAAUAUUUUAUUAGUAGUUUCAAAUAAAUUUUGUGAUUUUUAAAUUUCAA